ACGCUCAGGGGGUGGGGUGCGCCGGUUUGGCCUCCUCGCGUGCCGUACGAACUCGCCGCCGGGUGACAGGACAGGAGGGGUCACUAAAAUGGCGGCUAAGAAUUACUUGGAAGAAAAUAUUUAGAGCUGAACAUGGCAGGCGUAAGAAGGUCAACUUCAAAAGCACCUAUGGAACACCAUGAGGCCUCACUCAGAUCCAGGUUGCGGAGAUCCCCCCUGUACCUUGGCCUGAGCCCUAGAGGAGUACUCCUCCCAGCUUGAUGUUUGACUCAGGAAUGUAAUGACUAGAGUGAAGGACCCUUCGUCUGUGCUUUCUCAUAAGAGUAAGGGACACUCAUAAACAGAAGAGCAGAUCCUCUGCUAAGAGAAGAGAUCCCUCCCUGAUCCUGUCCAGAUGGCAAAGCUAGCAGCUAUCCCUGCUGGUCUGGCAUUUGUGUCUAUUAAUAUAUAUGCUGCAACAGAAGAAGAAUCAAAAGCCCAGUCAGUGAAGCCAAAUCAGCUUCCCAUUUAUUGUGUGCCGCCUCUGAAAUCUAGAUACAUUGAAGAAGACCCUGGUCGUUUGCAGGUGGGGUUUUCUACAUUAAGAAAGACAACUAGUCAUUAUGUUGAGUGGUGCAAGGUGCCAGCUAGAUUCUUUGAACUGCUUAACCCUUUACAGGAUGCCUAUAUCUUUGUUAAAAAUGGGAUAAUGGAUUCAAUACAGUUUGGAAAAGAUGCAUAUGUUUAUCUGAAGAAUCCACCUCCAGAAUUUCUUCCAAAAGUUGCUGUAAUUACAAUUUCAGGUCUAACUGGUUUAGUUCUGGCAAGAAAAGGUUCUAGAGUUAAGAAAACUGCUUACCCACUGGGACUUGCCACUUUAGCAGUAUCCGUUUGUUACCCAGCUCAGUCAGUAGUACUUGCUAAGAUAACAGGGAAAAAAGUAUAUGUUACAAGCCAUCAAACCUAUGAAGCAAUAGGAUCGCUAUGGACAAAAAACUCCUCUAUGAAAGAAGUGCUACUCACACAGAAAGAAGAUACCAAGCCUGAUUCACACCUGCAGCAAGUUCCAGAACCAGCUGUAAGAGACGAUAAAAGUACAGAGAUUCAUAAAACAACCCCUGAAUCUGAGGUUAAGUCAAAACCACUUGCUGUAACGGAUUCUCCUGUAAUGAAGAUUCAGCAUUCGAAAGAUCUGGUGCCUUUGCCAGAAGAAAUAAAACUGCCAAAUGUCAUCUCAGAUGUAGCGAAGACAUCAAAAUUUACGCUUGACCCCAGGUUUAUGGACUAUGGUCAGUCCAACCCAGAGGAUGUGGAUAUGUACAGUACUAGAAGCUAAGGCACCAAUUUACAAAUAUUGGGAAGUACUAACAAUAGCAAAGAAAAAUGGAUUAUGCAAUGUAUGAUUUUACCAAAUGUGGUAUAAUUUAAUUGGGUAUUUUCUUAAAUCCCAAUAUGUACAGUCAAUCUACUUUGUCCUUGUUUACUGUAUAUUGUUUCUUACUACCUAUAAGCAAUUAAAUAUUUUAAAUUCUUUGAAUAAUAAUUAGCUGUUUGACACUGAGAAUUAUAUUUCUCUCAAUAUGUGUUUGCAAUGGGGUGUAUCAAGAUUGUCAGUGUCAAGUUGUUAAUAAACAUAAAUCACCUUUAUAAGGGAUUGUUUGAAAGUGUAAAUGUAUUUCUGUCCUUCAGGUCCUUAGUUGUUCAAAGACAGUAAAAGAGAAAUCUGGUCAUCUUUUGAUUGUUGUCCCCCUUCUCACUCACUCCCAGCUCUGGAAUGUUACGGGCAAAUGAUAGUAUUUGGAUCUAUGUUGGCUCAAAUAUCUGAUUAGUCUGAGUGCUCAUAAGAUAAAAGAAACCAACUGUGAUUAUUGUACUCUCUCAAUUUCAGUUGCUUUAAGAUUUAUGUAAGCUAACUCCUUUUAUAAAAAUCACUGCUGUUAACCUCUUCCACCAAGGUAACUAGAAUAGAAAAUAAAUUUUGCUCUGUA